AUCAACUUUAUUAUAAAAAAAAAAAAAAACAUAUAUUGUAACCUCAAUUAGUUUAUAUUCAUUCUGACUGAAUUUACAUCGGGAGAAUAUGAAUGUUGACAGUUUACUGAAGUUGCUGCGGCGAGAACGUAAACAGAGCUGUGGCCAUGGCGGUGGAGUGGGGCGCGCGGUGGGUUGAGGUGCGCAAGCUGCUGGAGCGGCCGGGGCCAUUCACCCACCCCGACUUUGAGCCAUCACCGGACACCCUUAAGAUGAUGCAGGAAAAUAUUCGCGUCUUGGUAAUCGGUGCAGGCGGCCUGGGGUGUGAGCUGCUGAAGGACUUGGCCCUGAUGGGUUUCACCAACCUGCACGUGGUGGACAUGGACACCAUCGACCUCUCUAACCUCAACAGACAGUUCCUCUUCCGCAAGAAGGACAUCGGCCGGCCCAAGGCAGAGGUGGCAGCUGAGUUCAUUAAUCAGCGGAUCCAGGAUUGCCACGUCACACACUAUUACAACAAGAUCCAGGACUUUGAUGAUGAAUUCUACCGCUCCUUUCACUUGGUGGUGUGUGGGCUGGACUCCAUCGUGGCACGGCGCUGGAUCAAUGGCAUGCUGCUCUCCCUGCUCUGCUAUGAGGAUGGCAUGCUGGACCAGAGUUCUGUGAUCCCCCUGGUGGACGGAGGGACAGAAGGCUUCAAGGGCAAUGCAAGGGUCAUCCUACCGGGCCUUACCUCCUGCAUUGAGUGUACCCUGGAUCUGUUCCCUCCACAGAUCAACUUCCCCCUGUGCACCAUCGCCCACACACCGAGGCUUCCCGAGCACUGCAUAGAGUGGGUGCGUCUGCUGCUGUGGCCCAAAGAAAAUCCCUUCUCUGAGGAGAUGCCAAUUGAUGGAGAUGACCCACACCACCUCAGCUGGAUCUUUGAGAAGGCACAGAAGAGAGCAGCUGAAUUUGGCAUCACUGGGGUGACAUACAGGCUGACACAGGGAGUGGUGAAGAGAAUCAUCCCUGCUGUAGCCUCCACUAAUGCUGUCAUUGCUGCUGCCUGCUGCACUGAGGUCUUCAAGCUGGCCACCUCAGCAUGCACCCCCAUGAACAACUACUGUGUAUUUAAUGACUCUGAUGGCAUCUACACCUAUACCUAUGAGCAGGAAAAGAAGGAGGAUUGUGUUGCAUGCAGUCAAGUCCCCCAAGAAUUAUUGGUGAGCCCUUCAGACAAACUUCAGGAUAUCAUAGCCAUACUGACAGACUCCCUUAGAUACCAGAUGAAAAAGCCCGGGCUACAGGCCAUGGUGGACGGCAAAACUAAGUCCCUGUAUCUGCAUUCCCCUGCCUCCAUUGAGGAAAAACUGAGACCCAACCUCAAGAAAACAGUAGAAGAGCUUGGGCUGCGGGAUGGAAUAGAGAUUGCUGUAGCGGACGUCACAAGUCCCUCUACUGUCCUCUUUAAAGUUAAGCUGAAGAAAUAACCCUUGAUGUAUUAGUGUGUCUUACUUUUGAAUGUGAUACUGUAAUGUGUGUAGAUUUUCUGUACUUAUAAAAUACUGUAGAUCUGCAUUUGAACAAGGAAAAUUAAAUGCCCAGCGUAUACAUAAAUUAUGCUUUAUUGUGCAUCUGGACAGAAUUGAAUUUUUGUCUAUAAAAUGUAUACACUAUCCUUAAACCAAACUUUUAGAAAAACCAAUGUUAAAAAAUAUGUCCUAUAUUUCUCUUCCCAAUAAGUUUUAAGACAUGACUAGCUUACCUCAGGCACUCAUGAGCCACUCUGGCAAUGGCUCUUGCGAUACAUAAUCUGCCUUAGCUUAGAGACUAGAUAUGUAAGGAAUGACAGCAGGGUAAGCAGUAAGGUGGCUCUAAACUAUGAGAUCAGCUUCCCUUCCUACACUUUGUCUUUUGUAAGUACAACAGCAGUAAGCUCACUCGCUGUCCAUUACAGCAUUCUUUCACCAGCAUUAUUUUUUAUUGCAGUUUUCUAAUAAUGCAUUGCUUCAACAGUGAGAGAGCAUUUCUAAACAUGGCUGUAAACAUUAAAACAACAGCUUGCCCUAAUACAUUCAAAUUCCGGAGCAAUAUGUAGCCACAAGCAGACUAAUAGCAUGUACCUAAUUUGCUGCAUAUAGGUCAAGUAAUGGAUCUGACACUGUACCUACCAAUCUUGCAAUUCAUUAAAUUCUGUUGUACCUACCAUGAAAAUUAACACUUUACAAGCUGAUCUGAGGACAAGAGCAACCUUCUACACGUCAAACAGGUGACAGUAGGCGUCUCCAUGUACAGACACUACAAACACACCUUGCCUCAAUAUCUUCAUGUGCUGGUGGGCACUACUGAAACCACCACUGUGUCUCCCUUGGGCUACACACUGCACACACUCCUCACCCUAUUCUUGCAGUGGCUUUCACUGCUGAUGCACAAUAAGAACAGCUCAGCUCACUACACCACCAACAGAUUCUACUAUAUGUGAGAGCUGCCUUUGUAUCAUCCUGAAGCAAUUUCUUGUACAGAGGUUGCAAAUAUUUCUUUAUUAAUCUAAUAAACACAUCCUCAAGCA